AUGCGCAGUGGAUUUUCAAUCUCUACUGCUGGCGGAUCUGGCGUCGUCAUCGCGAGGAAAGAAGACGGUGACUGGUCCCCGCCAUCUGGAAUUCACGUCCAAACUCUGGGUCUUGGUUUCAUGGCUGGGAUCGAUAUUUACGACUGUAUCGUCGUGAUCAACAGCUACGAAGCACUCAAAUCAUUCAACAGAUUCCGCUUUACGCUACGUGGUGAGAUGAGUGCUGUAGCAGGGCCAAUAGGAGUUGGUGGGCUAUUGGAGGUCGAACUGUCCGAAACACAUAAGCCUUUGUGGACUUAUAUGAAGAGCCGAGGAAUCUACUGUGGGCUUCAGUUGGAUACGACUAUCGUCAUCGAGAGAUUCGACGAAAAUGCAAGGUUCUAUGGCAAGGAGAUCUCUAUCGACGAGAUCUUUGCAGGCCAGGUUACAAAUGUUCCACUUCAGGCAAAGAUGCUCAUCGAAGCAGCACGUAGGGCGGAGGGGUGGGUAUAA